UUUUAUAUUUUGGGGCCUUGUGUGUUCUUGUUUAUGUUCUGUCUGGUUGCUGGGAAAUCCUAGGAGAAGAAAUGAAUUCUUUAUGGAGGUUUUGUGGUUGAAUUGGCUGUUGUAGGAUUGUAAGGAUUAUUAUUAUUUUUUUUUAAUUUUCUUUUUUUUCUUUGGACAAUUUCUCGGCAUCUAAACGAAGAAUUUCAUUGUAGAGAAUUUUGGAAUUGUAUUAUUGGGAAAAUUUGGAGUGUUUUUUUAGCUUGAUUUUUUUUUUGGAGCUAUGAUGUUCUUGUUUUGAUGCUUGACUUGGUUUCAUCAUGCUAAUGGGGAUGUUCAGUUGAGGUAUUCCGACUGCUUUGAUGGCCUUAACGUCCAUCUUAGGAAAAUUCAACCAGCUAAUUAGUUUUUUUCCCCUCUCUAAUCGCGUGAACCUUGGUAUCUUUUGGUGUUUUUUUUGGGGGGGUUGAGAUUUGGAGUAGUUUUGGAUCUGAGUUGAUUUUGAUGCAGAUGAUUGGGUGCUGAGUUUAUGGGCUUCUUCUCAUCUCUUUUUCUUUCAUGAAGUAUUAAUGGAUUUGCCGUGGGCAGGGGUUUUUAGGUGCUAUUUACUUUUGAUGUUGGCUUACUGUUUGUUUUUAUUUCAUAUUUCUGUAUCGUCUAAAGGUGAAUUAAGAUUGGCCCUGGAGAUUGCAAUAGUAUAUUGCCUUAUCCACAUGCCAUGUUGCCACUCUGUAUGUCUUUAGGGUUUUUGCUGAAAAAUCAUUGGAGGUUUGUAACUUUGUAGGUAAACAUGAUUUGAAAGAUUGUAUCAAUGUGGAGGACAUACAUUGGACCGUCUCUCAUCGCUGGCCUAGCAGAGUUGAGAAAUUCUUUUAAGGAGCAUACAAAACCUUGUCACUGGUGAAGACAUUGAAGAUAAAAUGGGCUGUUUCAAGGUUUUGAAGAGUAAGAAGAAAAAGGCUGAGCGCACUGCUUACAUUAAAAGGAUCAAUCCUCAGGAGCUAACACCCACUACACUGCCUGAACCUAAACUUCAGAGCCGCACACUUCAAUCUGCACCCCCAAGUUUUAGAACCCUAGUUAAACCUGUUCAACCAGUUAAAAGAAUCAUUAACAGUAGAACACGAGCAUUGUCCGCCCCAUCAAGCCUCAAUACAACUGAACAAGAUGCGCUUGCAUCAAAUGAAUGUGAAGAACAAGAAGAGUUGAAGAGUCGUGUUGGAUUAACAAAGGAACAGCGAUCGCCAAACCCUCAGCCUCUUCCUCUCCCAUCACCUCAAGGCACUGUUGUACUGAAAGCUACAGGAAGUUUUAAAGCAGGGAAUGCGAGUGGCCCUCUCUAUGCUUCUGGCCCACUGCCAUUGCCUCCUUUAGGAGCACUCCGGAACUUUGGCUAUGAAGAAUUAUCAAACGCCUGCCUCAAUUUCUCUUCAGAUCGAUGUGUGUCGGAAGGACUUUCAUCCAUAAUUUACAAGGCUUCCUUUGGGGAUGAUGCUUCAGGUUCAAAAAAGCUGGAAGCCACUGUUACCCGGCUUCACCCAUCCACCCAGGGUUUAAAGGAAUUCAUAAACGAGGUAAACACGCUUGCAUCAUUGCAACAUCCCCACCUCUGUAAGUUGCUUGGUUUCCAUGCGCGUGAGGGAUCUGACCAGAGGAUGUUGGUUUAUGAGAGGCUCUACCAUGGAAGCUUAGACCGUCUUCUAUAUGGGAGAUCGGAUGGGCCAUCCAUUGAUUGGAACACAAGAAUGAAAGUUGCUUUAUGUGCUGCACAGGGUCUCACUUUCUUGCAUGAAGAAGGGCCUUUCCAGGCUAUGUACAAUGAAUUUUCAACUGCCAAUAUACAGAUUGACAAGGAUUUUAGUGCAAAGCUUUCGGGAUAUGGUUGCGUUGGCCACAUUCCAGAAGCAGAUGUUUGCAGUAGUUCAGUUGCAGUAGCAAAUCUAUCAGUGGAGACAUUAGAGAGAGGAUUACUAACUCCCAAAAGCAAUGUUUGGAGUUUUGGAAUAGUUCUUCUUGAGCUACUCACUGGGCACAAGAACCUUGACAGCCGCCAUCCGAAGGAAGAGAGGAACUUAGUUAAGUGGAGCCGACCUUAUCUGGCCGAUGAUUGUCGACUCUCAUUGAUAAUGGAUCCUCACCUAAAAGGCCGCUUCCCUGCCAAAGCAGCCCGAACAGUGGCAGAUAUUGCCCAAAGAUGUCUUCAGAUGGACCCCUUAGAAAGACCCACCAUGAGAACCAUUGUGGAGCAUCUCAAAAUCAUUCAAGACAUGAAGUAUUCCUGCCGGUUUCCUCUGCAAGAGCCGGCAGCAGUUGCUGGAAAACAGAUGUCAAGAUCGCCUAGUCUCAAUGGGAUCAUUACCCCAGCGCCCAGGCUAAGUUUCUCCCCUUCUCCGCCAUCAAGAACCCACCUCUCCGUUUCUCCAACAAGACCGCCUGUAGUACCCGUGUCUCUUCCUCCCCGAGCCUGUUCCUCCACUCUCUCUUUGGAGGACCUUGAACGGCAGGAAAGCAGGAAAUCUUCAUCAUCAACAUCCACCUUUCGGAGGCCCAGUGUUGAAGGUUUUUGAUUGUCAAUAGUAUGCAAUUUUUUCAUUUUCAUUUUUUUUUUUGUUUUUUUCUUUCCCCUUUUGUGAUUCAACACAAUAUAUAGAAGAUAAAAAAAAUGUGGUUCUUCCACCUUUCCAUCCCUCAAGAAGAUGCAACAGAGGAGGAUGCUAUUUUGUAGAUAAAAAAGAAAAAAAAAGAAAAAAAAAGAAAAAAAAAAGUGUGAGCCUCUCUUCUUAUUGGGUUCAGUUAGUUUC